ACAGCAAGCGGGAGCUGCCAAAAUGAAGUUCAAUCCCUUUGUGACUUCCGACCGAAGCAAGAAUCGCAAAAGGCAUUUCAAUGCACCUUCCCACAUUCGCAGGAAGAUUAUGUCCUCCCCACUUUCCAAAGAGCUGAGACAGAAGUACAACGUGCGAUCCAUGCCCAUCCGAAAGGAUGAUGAAGUUCAGGUUGUACGAGGACACUAUAAAGGUCAGCAGAUUGGCAAAGUAGUCCAGGUGUACAGGAAGAAAUACGUAAUCUACAUUGAACGGGUGCAGUGGGAAAAGGCUAAUGGCACAACUGUCCAUGUAGGCAUUCACCCCAGCAAGGUUGUUAUCACUAGGCUAAAACUGGACAAAGAC